AUGGCCCGGAGUAUCCCAUCUAGCCUUCUGGCGACCACCCAGCGCGUUCUAGCGAUUCCCGAAAUACUGGAGCUGGUCUUCUUAUUUCUGAACGUACAGGACGCAGCGCAAUGCGCCUGUGUGUGCAAAAGUUGGUCCGAGGUAGCUCUGAGCUCUCUAUGGAGGGACGUCGAUGAUCUACACCGACUGUUCAAGCUCCUCGCCCCGAUCGAGGCAGGCGCACCUGAAGCUCCUGACAAUAUCGGCGUUCACGACCAUCAUUUUCAGCGACCUCUCGAACCCGCAGACUGGGCCAGGUUCAUGCGGUAUGCCCGGCGCGUACGGAGUCUCUCGGUACCACCAUCCAACGACAACGAGCUACGCGGCUCGCUGGUCUUUGACGUAGUUGCGCAGACGCGUACGACGCUCAACAUCCUUCCCCGUCUUUCCUCGCUCUCCUGGACCUCCGACAAAGGCGAGCGCAUGCGGGUCUCGCUGAUGUUUAUGCACGAUAACGUGAAGCAAUUCACCGCCAAGCUCGUGCCUUCGGACAACUACUCUUUCAGCAUCUACUUCCAGGAGAUCGCACUCCGCAUGCCCAAAUUAACCCAUCUUGAUUUGAGGUUCACGUUUCCGGUUCACGAUAUAGAAAAGGACCUCUGCAAUCUGUUCGAAGCCCUGCCACUGCUGCAAAAAGUCGUUCUCCCCAAGUUCACCAUCACUGCCAAAAUCAUCGAGCGGCUCUCAAAUAAUCCGAAACUGCGAGUGGUACAGUUCGAAUUCAUGGAGUCGCAAGGCGCUGGAGACGUCUCCGACGUACACAACUGGUUCCCUACGCUUCAGGAGGACGCAUUUCCGUCUUUGAACGACCUCUCCGUCAGCGUCCACCUCCCGCACAUGGUUCGCUUCCUGAAUGCCGAGUUCUCCCCGGCCCAUCUGACGUGUCUAUACGUCCACCUGCUCUAUAUCGUCCCUCCGUAUCAAGUGCAGGAAUUUCUUGAGGCGACGACACAGAAUUGUCAGGAGCUCACUCGGCUCUACCUCGAUUUUGCUGGCGACCCGAGUCCUCUCUUAUUCCGCACGACCCUUCCGGAUGAGGACCGCAUCAGCUGGAAUACCCUCCGGCCCCUCCUCAAACUGUCGAAGCUGGUCGAGUUCGAGCUGCACUGGGACUCGCCUGUUGCGAUCACGCAGGACGACCUCGAGGAGUUGGCAUCGAGCCUGCCGGCUCUGGAGCUCCUGGAGCUCAACUCCGAACCGCUCCCCACCCCGCAGCCGCCCGCACUCACCCUCCGCGCGCUCGUCCCGUUCGCGCGCCACUGUCCGAAGAUGCGCGAGCUGAACCUCUACGUCAACGCAUCAUCCGCAGACCUCGAGGACGCCUCGCGCGAGUUGCACGCGUCCCUGCCGCCCAUCCAGUUCCGCAGCCUUUCGAAGCUCUCGUUCGGGCUCUCGCACAUCGCGUCCGCCGAACCGGUCGCCCUCUUUCUCAGCGAGCUGUGCCCGCUCGGAUGCGCGGUGCGCGCGGGCGUGAGCUGGCCGAACGGGUUCAGCGCGAUGGAGGCGCAGACGCCCGAGGACGCGGUGGUGCUCGGGGAGAUGUGGGGCCAGGCGAGCGAGUGGUACGCGCGCUGGGCGGAGGUGGACGGCAUGCUGCCGUUGCUGACGCGGGCGCGGAUGGAGGAGCGGGCGCGCAGACGGGAGCUGGAGCGUGAGGUGGAGGACUUGCGGGUGCGCUGUCGGCUCUUGGAGGACCGGGCGAACGUUGGAGUGCCCUCGGAUGGUGGGUGCAUCUUGCUCUAG